AUCUUUACCUAAUUGUUAAGAAUGGAAAGGUAUGAACAGAUCAGAGUGAUUGGACAAGGAGCCUUUGGGAAAGUGUACCUGGUGACUAGGAAGAGUGAUGGUAAGCACGUGGUCACCAAAGAGAUCCCGAUCGAUGACCUUCCUAAAGUCGAGAGGCAGUCAGCAUUGAAUGAGGUAAAGGUCCUGAAGCUGUUGAAGCACCCCAACAUAGUGGCUCACUAUGACAACUUUGUGGCUGACAAGAGCCUGGUGAUAGUGAUGGAGUAUGCCCCCGGGGGCACGCUGCAUGAGUUUAUUCAGGAUAGGAAUGGAACUCUCAUGGAAGAAGAUCAUGUCCUCCAGUUCUUUGCCCAGCUGUUGGUUGCCAUUGACCACGUCCACUCAUUAAACAUUCUCCAUCGUGACCUCAAGACUCAGAACGUCAUGAUGAACAGAUCCAGGAGUGUCCUCAAGAUUGGAGACUUUGGGAUCUCUAAAGUUCUCUCCAGCAAAAUCACCUCUGCACAAACUGUUGUGGGUACUCCGUGCUACAUAUCCCCGGAGAUUUGUGAGGGUAAGAUGUACGCUAAGAAAUCAGACAUUUGGGCUCUUGGCUGUAUCCUCUACGAGAUGACCACCCUCAAAAAAGCCUUCGAGGGACCAAACCUUCCUGUGUUGGUCCUGAAGAUCAUGCAGGCAUCAGCUGCAUUGGUUCCCAUCGAUAGCUCCUACAGUCAAAGAUUGGAUAAACUCAUCCAUCAUCUGUUACAGAAGAAACCUGAGAACAGACCCAGCAUUCACAGCGUCAUGGCAACACCAGUGGUCGUCAAUGCACUCUUGAAUCUUUGCACUGAUGUUGGGAGACUACCUUGUGCAAGACACAGCCAGACGUCGGUGGAGAUAGUUCGAGAGGCUAGUGGGGAGGGAGGUCCUCCACACCAAGUCUACCGGAUGGGCUCACUGGGGAAAUAUCGACAGAGAUCGUUCUUUCAGGACGACUCCCAAACACAAGGACAAGAUACCCAGACGAAGGCUGUAGCCAAGUCGGUGGUCUAUUUGUGGGGAGGAGGCUCCACUGUACCAAUGAAGCUCAGUGUGCCCAACAUGCUGACUGAUUCCGGCAUUGUGAGCGUGGCUUGUGGGCGGAGCCAGCGAGCAGGGGCUACAGAGGAUGGCAAACUCAUAUUUUGGGAGUUGGUAUCUGGCUCGUUGGCAACAACAAGGUUCAGUAUGACCCAGAGCAGAGGGCCGAGGGGGGCGGGGCGUGGUCCUCUGGUGUUUGAGCCACGACUGAUUGGGGGACUCAAGACCACCGUUAUCAAGAAAGUGGCCUGUGGUGACAUGUUCACUGCCUGUCUCACAGACAAGGGUAUUCUGAUGACAUUUGGCAGUGGGAUCAAUGGUUGUUUGGGUCAUGGGGACACUAACGAUGUCUCAGAGCCUCGACUGGUCCAUGAGAUGCUAGCUCACGAGACCGUGGAGAUAGCAUGUGGAGCUAAUCACAUGCUGGCCAUCACAUCUGAGGGUGGUCUCUACUCGUGGGGAAAGGGAGAUAAAGGUCAAUUGGGUCUAGGCGCUGAUUGUGACCAGCACUCCCCCAGGAAGGUACAGGUGCCAGUGGAGUCACCACCGGCCAGGGCUUGUUGUGGGGUGGACUGCUCUCUGGUCAUCACUGAAAGUGGACAGCUGCUCGCUGCCGGAAACAACAGACACAACAAGCUAACAUUGGAUCACAUUGAUAUCUCUUCGGAGGAAGACUCCAAGACGCUCACUAACCCACCCUCACCCCCUCAUACCUCCACAUCCACACUCACCUCACAACCUCCUACAACUGUCGACCUUCCCAGUGAUCCUGUGACACACAGGCCUGAUCACAUGACCAGUCAAGGGAGUGGCAACGUCCCUGUGAUUUUGAACCUGAUUAAGGAUCGUCCUGGUGCUAUGGCGGGGUCGUUCUACCUGUCCAAUCUGAGAGCCAUGAAAGGAAAUAACAAAGAAGAUACCAGCUCUCCACCAGCCCUGCCAGUUGCGAGUGCUCCUGGUAGUGUGAGGAGCAGCUCCGUCUUCACUCUCUCUGGCUCAGAGCUUAUUAACUCUGAGAGCAUUGUCUCAGUAGCCAUGGGAACCAACCACAUCGCCAUAAUCACAGCUGGUACUGAGUGUCUGACAUGUGGGGACAACAGUUACGGCCAGCUGGGUUACCAUAGAGACAAAGAGCUUGUGACCAGUGGAGGUAACAAACCAUCAGCUGUUGAAGUCCUAACUGGAAAACAAAUGGAACUGGUGUCUUGUGGAGACUUUUACACUAUUGUAUCAUGCAGAGGUGGGGAGGUAUACAGCUGGGGGAGUGGUCGCAGGGGGCGACUAGGAAGAGACGCGAGUGAGGAUGUGUUUCAGCCACAGCUGAUCCCGUUUGAGCACCUCUCCCACUCAGUACAGGCAGUGAACUCCGCCCACAGUGUCACUCUGCUCGUCACCAGGCCAGAUAGUUAGCUAAGAUAACUGUUUCUGAAUCACAUUUUUCCACUCGAACUUUAAUAUAAACUUAGCGUCUAUUCUUCAUUUUUGUGUGUUUCAUGUAGAUCAUGUGCAUAAUUUUUUUAAUUUUGACUGUUGAAAGUUUCAUACUAGUAUUGCAAACUAUAGUACAUAGAAUUUUGUUAUUAACUAUUUUGUCACCUGA